AUGGAUAAAAGUUGGUUGAAUAUUAGGAAUAGAGUUGACCAAAGGUAUAGAGAUGGAGUAGAAAGCUUUCUUAAUUGGGCAUUCAGUCAACCCGGGGUGAGCACUAUUAUUCGAUGUCCUUGUAAAGGGUGUAUGAACACCGUGUUCAAGCUAAGGAUUAAUGUAAGAGGAGACUUGUUGAACAAGGGCUUCUGGGAUUCUUAUAAAGUGUGGGACUUGCAUGGAGAAGUGUUAGUUAGAGUUGAUGAUGAAGUCGAAGAUGAUAGCAUUGAAGAGGAUAAUAUUACUGAAAUGAUUCACGAUGCUUGCGGAUAUAUGAAUGUGGAGGAUAAUACUAAUUCUUCUGAGGGCAAUGAAGAGCCAAAUAUGCGUGCAACAAAGUUCUACAAAUUGUUAGAAAAUGCUCAAACAGAACUUUAUCCUGGUUGCACGAAAGUCUCAAAGUUGUCUUUUGUUGUUAAAUUAGUUCACUUGAAGUGUCUUAACCAUUGGAGCAACAAAUCAAUGGAUGAGUUUUUGAGCUUCUUUAAAGAAGUUCUUCCUGAGGGGUCAUUUGUACCCAAAUCUUUUUAUGAAGCGAAGAAAGUUCUUCAUGACCUAGGCUUGGGGUACACCAAAAUAGAUGCAUGUCAGAAUGAUUGUAUUUUAUAUUGGCACGAUUAUGUUAAUGCCCAAUCAUGUCCGAAGUGUGGUAAGUCUAGAUGGAAGUCAGAACGACACAAAGGCAAAAAAGUAGCUCAUAAAGUAUUGCGACAUUUUCCAAUCAAACCAAGGCUUCAGCGAUUAUACAUGGUAAAAGAGACGGCAAAGAAGAUGAGGUGGCACAAGGAAGAAAAUAUUGAUGAUGGUGUCUUGCAGAAUCCAUCCGACUCAAUAGAAUGGAAAUCUUUCAAUGAGCGUCAUCCUACUUUUUCAAUUGAGUUAAGAAAUGUUAGAUUAGGUUUAGCAAGUGAUGGGUUCCAACCUUAUGGGAAUAUGAGUUCCAAUCAUAGUAUUUGGCCUGUCGUACUAGUUACCUAUAAUUUGCCACCAUGGGAUUGCAUGAAAAAUCCAUAUUUCAUGAUGACACUUCUUAUUCCAGGCCCUAAGUGUCCAGGCAAUGAUAUUGAUGUAUACUUACAACCAAUGAUUGAAGAGUUGAAAGAACUAUGGGACGGGGUGGAGACUUAUGAUGCACAUUCAAAAUCUAAUUUUCUUAUGCGUGUGGCUCUCCUGUGGACGAUUAAUGAUUUUCCUGCAUAUGGGAACCUUUCAGGAUGGUCAACCAAAGGCAAGCUUGCAUGCCCUUGUUGCCAUAAAGACACACAAUCAUUUUCCUUACGUAAUAAGUUAUGUUAUAUGGGUCAUCGUCGUUUCCUUCCCAUAAACCAUCCAUGGCGUAGAAACAGGGUGGUAUUUGAUGGGAAAGUGGAAAUGGGGGCUGCACCUAGCCCUUUAACAGGUGAUGAAACACUUAUGCAAUUACAAGAUUUGGGCAAUGUGACUUAUGGUAAAGUGCAAAAGCGAAAGCGUAAUGUUUCUAACAAUGCUUAUAAUUGGAGGAAGAAGAGUAUCUUUUUUCAAUUGCCUUAUUGGAAGAAUCUUAUGUUGCGACAUAACCUUGAUGUGAUGCAUAUAGAAAGAAAUGUGUCUGAUAAUAUUUUAUCAACUGUGAUGAAUAUGGUUGGAAAGACAAAGGACACAUUGAAAAGUAGAUAUUAUUUGGUGGACCUUGGAAUCAGGUAUGUUAACAUACUUGAGAAAAAGAUACAUGGAUUGAAGUGUCAUGAUCAUCAUGUAUUAUUACAAGACAUUUUUCCAGUAGCUAUACGUGGUUUGUUGCCUAAGGAAGUCUGUGAACCAAUUAUAGCCUUAGCCAAAAUUUUCAAGAAUCUAUACUCUAAGUGCUUGACAAUUGAAGAUCUUGAUAUCCUAGAGGCUGAAAUUCCUAUCAUAUUGUGCAAACUUCAAAUGGUUUUUCUUCCGGCGUUCUUUGAUGUCAUGAUUCAUUUGACAAUUCACUUGGAAAAAGAGGCAAAGCUUGGUGGACCAGUUCAAUAUCGGGAUAUGUACCCUAUUGAGAGGUAUUUGCGAACACUUAAGUCAUAUGUACGCAACCUAGGUCGUCCAGAAGGUUCAAUUGCAGAAGGUUAUUUGGCAGAGGAAAGCCUCACGUUUUGCUCACGAUAUUUAAAGAAUAUCUCAAUCAAGUUCAAUAAACCAACUAGAAAUGACGAUGGAUCUAGGUCAAAAGGUGAGAUGUCCAUCUUUAAAAACAGUGGGCAACCAAAAGGUGCUGCUACAGAUAGCAAGAAGCUAUCUCAUGAUGAGUUCAACCAAGCAUGCAUGGAAUACACGAGAGAGAUUGAAAGUCAAGUAUCAAUGAGAGCUCAUAGGAUGCAUAACAAUGAGUUUCUUGAUUGGUUUCGUGCACGUAUAUUUGUGUUAUCUGCACAAGGAUGCGCAAAUGAUGAUCUCAAAAGCUUAGCUGUCAGUCCUGACCCAUUGGUUCAUCGAUAUUCAACAUUUAUGGUGAAUGGAUUUAGAUUUCAAACAAAAGAGCUUGUGAGAAAAACACAAAACAGUGGAGUUCUUGUUAGAGGAGAUGAUUCAGACCCUAAUAAGGAGUAUUAUGGUGUAUUAGAGGACAUUUAUGAGUUGUCUUAUGUGGGGAACAGGAAAGUUUACCUAUUCAAGUGUCAUUGGUGGGAUGUGGCUCGCCUAGGAAGAGGAUAUAAGAUUGACAAAUAUGGUUUUAAAAGUGUGAAUACUCAUUGUGCCUUGAAUACAAAUGAGCCAUUUGUGUUGGCGUCUCAGUCCGAGCAAGUCUUUUACUUGAAUGACAUGGUCAAUAAAGAUUGGCUUGUUGUUGUAAAGACAAAUCCUCGUGACCUUUUCAAUAUUCCUGAAGUUGAAGAUGAAGCAUUACUUAACGAAGAAGUUUAUCAACAAGAGGAAGUUGAAUGUAAUAUUUUGCGUACCAAUGACCAAGAAACUGAGAUUGAGGUGUCUUUACAUAGGGAUGAUAUUGAACCACAAACUGUUUUGCGUACCAAUGACCAAGGAAAUGAGGAAGAUGAUAUCAUUAAUGACAAUGAUAUAGAUGUAUCCGAGAAUGAAGAAGACGAAGAAGAGUUACUUGAUGAUAAUGAUGGAGAGGACAGUGAUACAUCCUCUUGA